CCGCUCUCCAACUAUAGAAAACACCAUGUUUUACAUUUGAUCUUCUCAGUAUAACCAACAUUUGACGCCAUACUUGAUGCCUCGGGCUGCGCAGUGCGGACAUUCCCACUCAUCGACCCCGGUGGGGAACACGGCAGCAACCGCAUGACAAAUCUGGCUGACAAUGAUCAGAGUUAGACGCCAAAUCUUCACGUGCCUGAUCUUCGACCUGGUCGCCGCGCCCAGAAGUAUGCAAAGAUAAGCGACUGCGGUCUGCGGCCGGCCAAAGAACUCCUUGGUCUGCGCCAGGACGACAAUGCACAACGUCUCCCGUUUCUCAGCUCAGUGUGCACUGCUCCUCGCCGGGUGGCUCCUUCUCCUGAGCCGCCGAGAGGGACUGCCCUUCGCCAAGUUCCGGAGAGAUGGAGAUGACUACGAAGUCGUAGCCCUACGACCCACGGUCUCGAAUGAGUCGGUCUGGAACGAGAUCGUACCAUCGUCAAAGCUGCUGUGGACGGAUUGUUACGGCGACAAGCAGUGCGCGCGUCUGCUUGUCCCGCUCGACUACGGUGGCGCUCAGGGACGCACCGCCGCGAUCGCCCUUGUCCGGCUGCAGUCCGUCGUCUCACACCACUCGAACGAAUACCGGGGACCCAUUUUGCUCAAUCCCGGUGGCCCUGGAGGUUCUGGCGUCGAUUUCUUGCUGAGCAGAGGCGCGGCUCUGCAAAAGAUUGUCGGAGAUCAGUAUGACAUGGUCGGCUUUGAUCCACGCGGCAUAUCCCGCUCCACACCCCGGGCGUCGUUCUUCCUUUCUCGCGCAGAGCGCGCAUUGUGGGAGACGUCAGGAGACAUGUUUGCACGGUCCGUGAACGAGUCGGCUUCCUCCUUGGCGGACGGUUGGGCGCGGGGCAUUCUGCACGGCCAGCUUGCGGGAGAGCGGGACGUCGAAAACACCCUGCAAUUCAUCAACACGGACCACACCGCAAGAGACAUGUUGUCUGUCGUCCACGCGCAUGGGUUUGAAAAGCUGAACUACUGGGGCUUCUCGUACGGAAGUGUGCUCGGCGCGUCGUUCGCCGCGAUGUUUCCAGACAAGGUCGAGGGGCUGAUCAUCGACGGUGUCGCCGAUUCCUACAACUACUUUGCGCUCGAAUGGUCGAACAACCUCAUCGAUGCUGAUAUCAAUUGGGCCUCGUUCGCCUCUGGAUGUGUAACAGCGGGACCUGAAGGCUGCCCGUUCUACAGCCCGUCUACUGUGCAGAUCACCGACCGACUCCAGGCGCUGUACAAUCGCCUUCUACAACGCCCCAUUCCCGUCCGCACUGCCAAAUCUUACGGCCUGGUCGACUUCUCCAAGUUGCGUCGCACGAUCUUCAGUUCCCUGUACUCUCCAUAUGCGAAAUUCCUGCCCCUUGCCGCUGCUCUGGCCGACUUGGAGCGGGGCAACGCAACGGCGCUCUGGGAGAUGUCCGAAGGGGAUGCUUUCGAGUGUGGCUGCGACCCCACCGAGCACAUCUUUGACUCCGUCGGUGACGGUGGGGCCGCAGUUCUGUGCAACGAUGGAGCGAGGAUGUCCGGUGAUUUUGACUCGAUGGAGAGACACUACCAUGAGAUGCUCAAGGUUUCUGAAUGGGCUGAUGUUUGGGAGCCACUUCGCAUGCAGUGUCUCCAACACGAGUCAUCCGAUAUUGCUCAUCGGGAACACGGCAGAUCCCGUGACACCACUCUGGGCCGCCAACAACAUGUCCACUGGAUUUACAGGAUCUGUUGUCCUGACUCAGGAUUCCGUCGGGUAACCCGUCAGCAAUUUGCCUACAUACUGCCAUCCCCCGGCGCAAAAGACGGUAUGGAUGAAAGCCACCGCGAGAACCGUUCUCCCCGUCGACUCGUCCUUCCACCCGAAAUUUGGGACUGCGUUCUCUCAUUCAUCAACUCGUCCUACCCAGCGACGCUACACGCAUGCUCUGCCGUGUGCCGCGCCUGGGUGCCAAUGAGCCGGCGCGUGCUGUACGACCGGGGUGUGAAUCUGUCGCACAAAUCGGCCAUGCGCUUCGUCGACCUGGUCGCGCACCCGCUGCACACGUUCACGGGCAUCGUCAAGCUCAAAGUGUUCUACGUGAACGGCAACAUCGCGCUGCUUUUCGACCGGCUUGCGAUGCUGCCCGCGCUGCGCGAGUUCUGGAUCUGGCACGACUCGAGGAUAGAAUUCGAGGAUGGGACGGGUGGGAUGGGACCCUUCGGCUUUCCCUGUGUGAAGAGCGUGGAGAAGCUUGUGUUGGUGGACUUUUCCUUCAAGACCGGUGAAGACGUCGUGCAAUUCGUCGUCCGGUUCCCACGACUGAAAUACCUGCGCUUGGCCAGAGUCGUGAUUUUCGAUGUGGACGCCAUUCAGACGCCGCUCUCGAUAUCAUUGGAUCGUUUCGAGUUCUAUGUGCACCAUGCAGUCGAUUUUGUGGCUAAUGGUGCGGUCGAGAUCCGCACAAGCGAGCUGGUUUUGGACCGUGCGAAACAGGCAUCAGAGCUACAGAUCUCUUUGUUGCAGCACUACCUAGACUUCCUCGAUUCCGGGUUGAGCGUUCUAGAACUGGGUCCAAGCUUCCCGCCGCAUGCUUUACGCACGGGCACAAAUACAGGCAUUAUUGCGCUCACCAUAUGCGAAAUGCUUUCCAUUUCCAUGAGCAUAGGGCAAAAUGAUAGACUGGGGGAGCUUUCCGUGGAUGCGGACUUCAUCAGCAUGCUGAUCCGACUCGGGGAUAGUGGUCUGCGGAUACAGUCUCUAUCACUCGGCGUUGGAAGCACCCUGGCGCUGACGAAAUAUUCUGACUCGUUUCACGCGUUUUCAACGUUGGCGGUGCUGCACAAAGUGCAGGCAGUCACCCUGCGUGUCGAUUGGGAUGAAUUCGAGUUUCUCCCUCAGGAUCUCGUGAUAAAACACGUCCUAGAGCUCAUUCCCAGCUGCUGGCAAGAUAUUUUAGUAGUAAUUUAGUGGGUAAUGAAGUGAUUGCGGGUAGCCGUUGCAAAUUUGAGGAGGCUCAACCACCCAUGUCUUUUACUCGCCCGAUCCUCUUGGGGUGUGAAGGCGAUUUGUAAACCUGUACAAAUUCUUCCGAGCGACAUGACCCAGUCGCUCGCCAUGCCGGAACUGAGGAAGGCUUAACAAAAUCCAAGUGCGAGAGUGAAUCUUGUCGGGUUCAACACGAAGGGAUCGACGCGAGCAGGACUUGAACCUGCGCUCGGAAACCGAAACAGAUAGCGUGCAUUCG